AAUGAGCAAAUUCAAGUUUAUCAUGUUGAGAAACAUGAGUCGUUUAUCAAGGGGCUUUUUAGUACUUUUAUACGUCAUAGGUGAGGGUACUACUGUCUUUUUGGUUGGAGAUGUAACUCUUCACAGUUGACGAUCGUUUGAAGGCGUUACCCUCUAUCCUCUGUCAAAUUAUCUCUUUCCUCUGUCAAAAUCGUUGUCGUAUUUUCUCUCUCCUCUAUUGUCUUUCUUUGAUUUUGCUCCCUCCCCGCUCUCUCUUCACAAUUCCGGGGAUGUUUUGCUAGUGGUUAUUUCCCUGUACCCAAAUUAUCCGGAGGAUUCCCUGGACGUUGCUGCGGACGGGAGUCGGAGGUAACAUCAAGUUAAAUUUCUGGACAUCAACAAUACGUCAAAUUUCUGGACGGCUGGAGAACUAGGUUGUAUAAGGGGAAUGAGUUGGUGAAAUGGUGAAUUCAGCUAUGGAAAUUUAUCACAAUGAGGAACAAGACUAUCGUUGUGUACAUCUUGAAUUGGAACUUGGUCUGAAUGCAAAAUGGAAAAGGGUUAGUGAUAAGAUUGGACCGCUAUACCCAGAGAUGUUCAAGGAUGAUUGCAUGACUUUCGGUAGGUUAGUAAAAGCUAGGGGUGAGGUCUUGAAGCAGUAUGCAAUUGGUACCUCAAAGGCUCCAAACUUGACAUGUCGCAUAGAGUCUUUUGGUAGGAUAUGUCAGAAGUUUGAUGGCAGACGAAGGCGGUGGGUCACAAAAAUGGGGUUUGGGGGUUUGUUGCACCUUGCUGCUUUAGGAAUGCAGUUGCCAAGGCAACUGGCAUAUUGGUUACUAACUCGUGUUGAUCCGGUUAGCAAAACUCUGAUAUCACCAGAUGGUAAAGAAUUUAGUUUGUCUCCAAACCAAGUGUAUUGGGUUUUAGGAAUUCCAAACGGUGGGAAGCCAGUUCCUACUAAGAAAAACAUGACCUCUGAAAUAAAGGAUAGAGUAGAUGCAUUACUGAGAGAGUAUGGUAGUUCUUGGGAAACCAGGUGUAGUAGAUAUGAAGGUCGUGUGUACAUUAGUAAGGGUAUAUCAGUGAAUCACAUGGUAAUGGAGAGACUUGAAGGGGAAUGGAACGAUGGGGAGGAAGCUGAAUUUAAGACCUUGUUUCUAUUGUUGUCCCUGCAUAUGGUUCUAUGUCCCACCCAAUCCCCUAGAAUAUCGGCGGAUCUUGUUCCUGCGUUAACUUAUGCACAAGAGUGUAUUGAUUUUGACUGGUGUGGGUUGGUUGUGUCGAAGUUAUUAUGUAGUGUGGCGACUUUUGCCCGGACGUUUUAUGAUAAUGGUUAUGCUCGAGGAAGUGGAUGAUGCUUGCUAUUCAUUGUGGUUUUCUAUUUGGAUAGGUUGAAUAAGGUUCCACUUUCUUGGGGAUUGUUUCCCAGGCUUAAGGUGUGGAGUAUGCAUGAGGUUGGUUUAGUAGCUAGACUGGAUCGGAAGUCUCCCGAUGGUGAUUUUGGAAAAAUGGGGAUGCUUGAUGUGGAAUAUGGAGAGGACCACCCCAGGGAGGCUCGUGAUAGCAAUGGUCCCAUUGUGAUGCACAAUGAGGUGGUUGAGGAAGGCCCAUAUACACAUAAAGCCCCUAAGGCACGUCGGAUUAGAUACACCGGGAUUCGCUGUUUUGUUACCACCCAUUGUCAUGCCUCACCAUCUAGGGAAGGCUUUUGACGUGAGUUAUUACUUGUUUAGAACCUAGUGCAUGAUUGUGAGAUUCUAUGGUCCCGUUGUCAUGCGUAGUGAGUGUAUUUUUCCACGUUGUAGGUGCGGCUUGAACUGUUAUGUACGAUUAUGAUAAUUUGAGAAGAAAAAUGUGUUGUAUGUUAGCAAUGUAGUUUGAACAGUAUCAGUAGGCCUUGGUGUAUCAACUGUAAUAAAUGUUCCCCUCUGGAACGAACAUUAGAUAGCCAAAUAUGUUCACUUCAUGUAAGGCGUUUGAAUUUGAGAAUAAUUUUCAAUUCAUUUGAUGAAGAAA